AUGAAGGUCCCCGCUGCUCUGCUCACCCUCGCCCUCGCCGGCGCUGCCGCCGCCCAAGAUGCCGGAGCUUUCGGGCUCCCCGAGUGCGCUGCCAGCUGCGCGACCAAGUUCCUGCAGGGCGGUAUCGGCAACUGCGGCAAAGACAUCGAGUGCAUCUGCAGGAACGACACCUUCCUCGGCGAGAUCGCGUGCUGCCUGGCCGACGUGUGCAGCGAGGCCGACCAGAAGGCGGCCGUGGUCGCUGCUGCCGGUAUCUGCGACGCCGUCGGCGUGAGCGACCUCCCGACCGAAGUGGCCUGCGCCACCGCCGCGAGCAGCACCGGCCCCGCCGCCAGCACCACCGCCAGCGGCGCCGGCUCCAACACGUCGCCCGCCCCGACCGGCGGCGCCGCCGGCGCGACCCAGAACCCCGACGCCCAGAGCACCAGCAGCGAGAGCUCCAACCUCGGCCCGCGCCCCACCGCCGCGGCCGGCCUCGGCGCCAUUGGCGGCAUCAUUGCUGCUGUUGCGUUGCUGUAG